UGUGCACAAAUUUAAAGAUAAGUGAGUUUUCUUCUCUUAGCACGCGGAUUUUGACAGAUUAUUUCCACCAAUAUUUCAUUUUGAUUAAAUAUAAUUUGCAUUUUAUUAGAAUAAAUAUAUAUAAAUGUAACAAUACAUGUUAAUACGUUUUAAUUACUUAAUGCAAACUCAAAGUAAUUAAAAAUAAUUUUUAAAAACAUGAUUUCUCCUUGAUACUCUUGCAUUUUCUUAAUAUUUUAGCACGCACAAUUUGCAAUCGAGAAACUAUUACUUUAGGUACUUUCAAAACGCAUAUUUUCGGAUAUUGCGAAAAUUCAUGGCCGAUGUUUAAGGUGAAGCAAUCUAUGUGUAUGUAGCACAGCGUAUCUCAGAACUUUCACUUUACGGGGAAUUGGAAUGGUAGGGGUACGAAGAAAUUUAGACUGAGUUCCGACGCGAAUCUAGAACGGUGUAUAACGAAUUGGUCAAUAUUAUCUUGUGUUAUUUGUUAAAUCUAUUUGGCUAACUCGACUAAUAAUUUGUCCCAGAAGAAACUUUUAUUUCGUAUUACUUUUAUAAAUUUGUUGUACUACUAAUCGAGAGAAUAUUUCACCUCUGGUCGUUUACCAUGGCGAGUUUUACUUCCUGGCUGAUGAUCACGUUAACAAUAUUCGCCAUUUUUUUUCUCGCUCUAAAUGAUGAAAGUACAGCUGUAAUCGUGGAACCCCAAGCACCCAAUUUCCAAUAUUUCGAACGGCCGAAGUAUCGCUAUCCUUAUUACGAUGAAAAUGGUAAAGGAAAGCUGUUAUACGGCUACGGUGGACCAGAAUUGUAUCAAUAUAAAACUUACAGUGUCCUUGAAGGGAUUCAUUAAAAGAUGAUUUUGUUUAAAUUUUUAGAAAAUUGAAUAUAAAAAAUAUUUGCAUACAUAUAACGUAACAUGUACCAACAUCAUAUGUUGUGAUCAAUUCAUUAAUAUAUAUACUCAUGAGAAAAUAUUAA